AUGGAAGAAACACCAGAACAGAAGCAUAAAUGCAGGUUUUGUAACCUGAGUUGCAGUAGUGGGAGAUCAUUGGGAGGUCACAUGCGGGUUCAUUUAGACUUGAUUUCAGCAGAAAAGAAACAGAAAAUUAAAGCUGAAAACAAGAUGGGUUUUGCAGAAGAAGAAGAAGAAGCUGAUAAUCAUUUCGAAAAUUUGAGCAUUUCAGAGCAAUCUGACAGUAGCAUGAGUCAAGAAAAGGCCAAUAAUAUCAGCACCAACGAUGUUGAUGAUAUUGACUCAAUUGGUUAUGGUUUAAGAGAAAAUCCAAGAAAAUCUUGGAGGGUUUCUGAGUUAAAGCUUAGCUCUUUGAAAACAAAAAACCUCUGUAAAGAAUGUGGCAAAGAAUUUUCCUCUACACAAGCUCUAGCAGGUCAUUUGAGGACUCAUUCGAAAAAAGGGACGACGACUGAAAAAAGUCAUAUUUGUGAGAAAUGUGGUAAAGGUUUUGGUUCAACUAGGGCUCUUUAUGGUCACAUGAAAGUUCACGUGAAAAGAUCAAGGGUUGAUCAAGAAUCUGAAUCAUCAAAACAAAGCUUGUCUGAUUUUGAGACUGUGUGUCCAAUUCGGAAGAAGAGAUCAAAGAUUAAGUACCAGAUUGAUGCAAACCCUUCUUCCUCUUCUGCGGUUAGUGAAGUUGAAGAAAUGGAAGAGGCUGCUAAGACUUUGAUGAUGCUUUCAUGUGGUGUGAGGGACUGGGAUGAAUACAUUUCAAUUUCAAAGCCUCUUAAAAAUGAAAAUGUCAUUUCUGCUAAUGCUUUUACUGGAAAGAAUUUGUCUCAGGCUGGCUGUUCUGAUUCUGGCUGUGUUGAUGGUUAUGAAAAGAAGUGUGAAAAUGAGGCAAUAAAUGAUGAAUUUUCAGGCAAGUUGAUGAUGAUCAACACUGAGAUUACAAGGGCCUGUUACUCUACUACUAUGCUGGGGUUGGAUAAUGAUCCAAGUGAGGAUCUUGCUUUUCUGAAUUCUUGUUCACUUAAGAAUGCAGGGGUUGAUUUUCAAGUGCUGAAUCCAGAGACAACCUUUGUAUCUGAUAUUCCAGUUGAACUGGGAACAAUUGAAGCAAUGAGGACAAGUCCUGAGCCUAUCAAAAGCAAGGAUCACAAAUGUCCAAUAUGCUUCAAGAUUUUUCCAUCAGGCCAAUCUUUGGGAGGGCACAAGAGGGCUCAUUACACUGGAUUCAGUGAAAGCAAAACUAAAGAGACUAUGGUGAAAAAGUUGGAGGACCUUGCUGAUAAUCAUAGAAGUUUUGAUCUGAAUAAUCCUGUAAAUGCUGUUGAUGGAGGGGAAAAAGAUGUUGUUGAGCUCAACCUUUGGUAG